UGAAUGACAUUCUGGUUGGAAACAUGGGCAGAAUUUGUAGCUUCUUCUCUAUAUAAUGAUCCCCCAUGAGUCCAUCCAUUACCACUACUCCAACCUACUUGAGAAAACUAAGAGAGAAAGAGAGGAGAGUGAGAAAAAGAGAGAGAGAGAGAGAGAGAGCUAUAGAAGAUGUCUCAACUGAUAGAAGAGAUGAGGUCCAAGGCAGUGAUUUACACUGGAGACGAGAUUGGACAAGAGAAAUGUAAGUUCUUGUUAACAGAAGUUGGUUUGCCAAAUGGGUUGUUACCAUUGAGAGAUAUAAUAGAAUGUGGGCAUGUAGAGGAAACUGGGUUCGUAUGGUUAAUUCAAAAGGAAAAGAUCGAACAUAAGUUUGAAGCUAUACCAGGGACCUUAGUUUCUUAUGCAACUGAAGUCACAGCUGUUGUUGAAAAAAACAAAAUCAAAAACCUUACUGGUGUCAAGGUAAGAGAGCUGAUGAUUUGGGUAAGGUUAACUGAAAUUUAUGUUGACGAUCCUCCUACCGGGAAGAUUACGUUCAAGAGUUCGAUUGGUAUUAACAAGACACACCCUGUCUCGGCCUUUCAGAUUGAAGAUAUGAAACAAUUCAAGGAAUGAAAACUGCUUUUAGUCUUCUCUUUAUUAUACAUAUAGAUAUGUUGUCUUUUCAUCAUAGUGUUUCUGCCUUUCAUGUUAUGCAUGUAUGUUGUCUUUUCAUCAUUUGGUUAUUAUGUUUUUUCAGUGUUUAUGUUCCUCGAUAAAAAUAUGAAUGUUCACUAAGUUCAAAUAUUACGUACUCGAACUCGAUCACUUUGAUCUUCUGUCUGGUAA